CACUCCCUCCCUCCCGCUGGGCCUUCGCGGGAGGCUGGGAAUCCGGGGCAGCCACUGGCCCGCGGGGAUCCGCCGCCCUCCGUCAGCGCGUCCACUUCCGUCCCGGCGGGAGGCGCCUCCGCCCCGCCCGCCCCGACAGUCCCCGGGCUCGGCGGGCCGUCUCGGCGCUGGGAGAACGCAGGCUCCGGGCGGUGGACAGCCCACCUUCAAUCUCUGCAAUGGCUAAUGAGGCUCACCCUUGUCCGUGUGACAUUGGGCACAGGCUAGAGUAUGGAGGGAUGGGACAAGAAGUUCAAGUCGAGCACAUCAAGGCUUACGUGACGAAGGCCCCCUUCCACACGGACAAGGCCGUGAUUGUCAUUCAAGAUAUAUUUGGCUGGCAGUUGCCCAACACCCGAUACAUGGCUGACCUGAUCGCAGGAAAUGGAUACACGACCAUCGUCCCGGACUUCUUCGUAGGUCAGGAGCCAUGGCACCCGUCUGGGGACUGGUCCACCUUCCCGGAGUGGUUGAAGACAAGAGAUGCCAGGAAGAUCGAUAAGGAGGUGGACGCCGUGCUGACCUACCUGCAGCGGCAGUGCGGCGCGCGGCGCGUCGGCGUCGUGGGAUUCUGCUGGGGGGGCGUGGCCGCGCACCACGUGAUGAUGACGUACCCCGGGCUCCGGGCGGGCGUGUCCGUCUACGGCAUCGUCAAGGACUCUGAAGACGUGCACAAUUUAAAGAACCCCACGUUGUUCAUUUUCGCUGAAAAUGAUGCUGUGAUUCCCCUUGAGCAAGUCUCUUUGCUGACCCAGAAGUUGAAAAAACACUGCAAAGUGGAAUAUCAAAUUAAAACAUUUUCAGGGCAAACCCAUGGCUUCGUGCAUCGAAAGAGAGAAGAUUGUUCAGCGGAAGACAAGCCCUAUAUUGACGAGGCAAGAAGAAAUUUACUUGAGUGGCUGCACAAGUAUGUUUAGCUGUGGCCAAGCGUAACUUCAAGACAGCUUGCUUGCACCCACAAACGUGCUUUGGGAUAUUUGGAUCAUUUGAUUUAAUUUUCACUUUUUAUGAACCAGGGAAUCCUGAAACUCGUUAUUUCCUCUGUUAAUGCAUGAUAUAAUUUAACUUUUAACAUGUUAAAAAAGCCCCUAAACAAUGGAUUUGACUGAUAGGAUAAUAUCCCAACUGUAAGAACCUGGAGCUGCUGGGGCACCUGGGGGGGCUCAGUCUUCAGCUCGGGUCAUGAUCCCGGGGUCCUGGCAUUGAGCCCUGCUU